UAAACAUAAUAAAAGGAUAUUUUGUUAAGUAAAGCAAGGAUGCGUGUGUUUGUUGUGUUCGUGACUUUGAGUUUGGCUAUUGCUGCCGUCUCAGCCGGUUUCUUGGGUGGCGGUGGCGGCGGCUUUGGAGGAGGCGGUUUCGGUGGCGGUGGUCAUGGUGGUGGUGGGUAUGGAGGCGGGGGACGCGGCGGCUUCGGUGGUGGUGGCGGGGGACAUGGAGGUGGUGGAUAUGGUGGUGGUGGCCGCGGCGGUUUCGGUGGCGGCGGCCAUGGCGGUUUUGGAGGUGGAGGUCGCGGUGGCUUUGGGGGUGGCGGCCAUGGCGGUUAUGGUGGUGGUGGUGGCGGUCGUGGAGGUUUUGGGGGUGGUGGCGGCCAUGGCGGUUUCGGCGGUGGUGGUUUUGGUGGUGGUAAACGAGGCGGCGGUGGUGGUUUCGGCGGACACGGUGGAGGUGGCUAUGGCGGUGGUGGUUUCGGUGGUGGCCAUGGCGGCGGCGGUUUCGGUGGCGGCGGCCAUGGUGGAUUUGGUGGUUCUGGAGGCUACGGCGGCGGUGGAUUUGGCGGUAAACAAGGCGGAAGCGGUUAUGGCUGGUAAAUCUAUUCUUCACUACUUCCUUAAUUCAAAUCCAUUUUUAUAUUUUAACUCAUUCGGAAAUUUAAAAUUAUUGUUUUAUGCGG